GUUGAAGGGAUAGGAAAGUUGUACAGCAGAAGUCGGCACCGCACGAGCUAUAUUUAACCUUGUCAAAUCAUUUCUAUUAAGCUUGAACAGACUGGGAAAAUCAGCCAUGUCUAUACAAAGUGCAAUUGUGGUUAAACAGGAAUCAAAUGACCAAACAAUACAAUUUAUGGAUUUAAAAUCAGAUGUAACAUUGGCUAUUUCAACUUUAGAAGAUGUGAAACCAAAUUUAACAUUAACUUCAAUUUCAAAUGUUGUCAAACAAAAUAUAUCAUCACAAUCUUCACCUUUUGAAGACAAGUCAAAUGAAACAGUUGCAUCUUCAACUUCAGAAGAUCAACAAUCAGAUGAAACAUUUUCUUAUUCUAAAGAUAUAAAACCAAAUGUUUCAACAGAAUUUUUAAGGUGUGAUGUUAUGAAAAAGGAUAUCUUAACAUUUUUAACAUUUAAGGGUGAAAACGAAAAUAGCUUAGAUGUUAAAAGACAGCUUGAAUAUUUACCAGAUUCAGAUGCUUUUAUUGAAAAUUUUACAGUUUUAAAAUCAGAUCUUCAUCAUGAUUUAAAAGAACUCAAGGAAUUGCAUAAAGAAGUUAUUGAUAAUUUUCCAACAAUGUAUGAGCUCAGGGAUAAGGGACUGAAGACAUAUAAGUGUGAGAUGUGUUGUCAAAGAUUUACUCAUUUUCAUCUUAUUGCACAUCAUAUAAAAACUCACACAGGAAAGAAUUCAUAUGGGUAUAAUAUACCUCAGCAACAAGGUGCUAUGAACAGGCAUGUAAAACAGCUUAAGAAAGUAAACAAGAAGUUUUCUCUGCAUAAAUUACAUCCUGAAGACAGAUGCAAUGAAUGUGAUGUGUGUCAUAAAAAGUUUGCUCAUAAAACUAGUUUAAAUAGACACAAAAUUAUUCACUCUGAACAUAAGCCAUAUGAAUGUGAUGUGUGCCAUAUAAGUUUUCAUCAUAAAUCUAUUUUAUCUCAACAUAAAUAUACUCAUGCACUAAGAAGACCACAUGAAUGUGAUGUGUGUCAUAAAAACUUUGCUCAGAAGAAUAGUUUAAUUAUGCACAAAAAUAUUCAUGCUGGAAUUAAACCACAUGAAUGUAAUGUGUGUCAUAAAAAGUUUAGUCAGAAAGGUUAUUUAGAAGUACAUAAAUAUAAACAUUUAGGACACAGACCAUAUGAAUGUGAUUUAUGUCAUAGAAAAUUUACUGAAAAGACUAGUUUAUCUAGACAUAUUAAAAUUCAUCUUGGACUUCAUCUGCAUAAAUGUGGUGUGUGCAAUAAAGUGUUUUUUCGAAAAAUUCAAUUAUCUCAACAUAAAUAUAUUCAUCUACAAUUAAGACCUUAUGAAUGUGAUGUGUGUUAUAAGAAGUUUGCUCGGAAGUUUGAUUUAUCUCAACAUAAAAAUAUUCACUAUGGACUAAACCCACAUGAAUGUGAUGUGUGUCAUAAAAAGUUCACUUGGAAGUAUCAUUUAACUGACCAUAAAAAAACACAUUCAAAUCUCAAGCCAUAUGAAUGUGAUGUUUGUCAGAAAUGUUUCAAUCUUAAAAGGUAUUUAUCUCAGCAUAAAAAGACUCAUUUACAUGAGAAACAAUAUGAAUGUGAUGUGUGUCAUAAAAAGUAUGCUUAUAUGUCAGGUUUAUCUCAACAUAAAAAGUCUCAUUCUGGGCUCAGGCCACAUGAAUGUGAUGUUUGUCAUAAAAACUAUGUUCGGAAAGGUGAAUUAUUGGAGCAUAAAAAGACUCAUUCAGGCGUUCUACAUGAAUGUGAUGUGUGUCAUAAAAUGUUUUCUUGGAAAUCUUCUCUUUCUCAUCAUAAGAAGUCUCAUUCAGGAAAUUAGUCACCUCCAUUUGAUGUUGGUCAUAAAAUUUUUGUUCUAAAGGACCACUAAUCUUUAUGCUAAAAUGAUGAAUUUUGCACUGAGGUCACAAUGUGGAUACAGAACACAUAACUUUGAAUUUGGUGUUUAUCAUUAAAAAAAUUGUCAUUGUUGUUAAGUGUUGCAUACAUGAUAUAGUCUUCAUCAUAGUAUAAUUUGUUCUAGAGAGUAAUACAAAUAUAUUGGUUAUCUAGACAUUUUAUUUUAAAGAUAAGCAAAUACAAGCUGGUGUUUUUUAACUUAAGUGUUUAAUUUGUUAGGAUUAUUGUUUUAA